UAUAACUUAGCCUCGUUAUUAUAACCAAAGCCCCAAAGCCCAUCAAUAGUCCAAACCCCAAAACUACAAAAGAAAACCCAAAACCUAAAUUUGUCUCUUUUGUUUUCCAUUUCCUCUUCAAAGAGCUAAAAGGAAGGAAACGAAAAACAAAAGAAAAAAAAACGUAUGGCGAGUGAGGCGGCGGCGGUGGCGGCGGUGGUGGCAGCGGAGGCAGCAGCAACAGGGGCAGAGAAGCAGCCACAUAAGCUUGAAAGAAAGUGGACUUUUUGGUUUGAUAACCAAUCAAAACCUAAACAAGGCGCUGCUUGGGGUACUUCUCUACGCAAAGUUUAUACCUUUGACACCGUAGAAGAAUUUUGGUGUUUGUAUGAUCAAAUAUUCAAGCCCAGCAAGUUGCCUGGAAAUGCUGAUUUCCACUUGUUUAAGGCUGGAAUUGAGCCCAAAUGGGAAGAUCCUGAGUGUGCUAAUGGAGGAAAGUGGUCUGUCACUAGCAGCAGAAAGGCUAAUCUUGAUAACAUGUGGCUUGAAACUUUGAUGGCAUUGAUUGGCGAGCAAUUUGAUGAGGCAGAUGAGAUUUGUGGCGUAGUUGCUAGUGUACGCCAGAGGCAGGACAAACUUGCAUUGUGGACCAAGACAGCCACGAAUGAGGCUGCUCAGAUGGGCAUUGGUAGGAAGUGGAAGGAGAUCAUUGACGUCAAUGAUAAAAUUACUUAUAGCUUCCAUGAUGACUCGAGAAGGGAAAGAUCAGCGAAAGGCCGAUACAAUGUUUGAACUCUUUGCUGGUUUCUUUGUGGUGCUUGUACUCUCUAUUGCCAAAUUGUAGCCGGAAGUACUGUAAUUUGUUACCUAUUUUUGUGCUUUGUGCGCUGAGAACACUAGAUAGUUGAAAUAUUCUGCAUGUGAGUUUUUUUUAAUGUAAUACCAUCAACAAUCAAGUUCUAUGUUUAGAUAUUUUUUAUAUUCUAGUAUUGAGAAAUUUAUUCCUUGAAUACUCAAAU